AUUCUGCACAGCGGCGGCCGGAGGAGCGGCGCGGGGACAUGGCGCAGCGGCUCUUCCCCCUGCCCCGGCAGCAGUCCCUCUUCCCGCCCAGCGUCCGCAACCCCUUCGUGCACAAGGGGCGCUUGAGCGCCCGCGACAAAGCCCGGACUGUCCUGUUGGGGCUUAUCCUGCUUCCAUUUCGUGCCAUAUGUAUUGCAUUAAUUUUGCUGCUAGCAUGGCUAUUUGCAGCAAUUGUGACUUUCUGCCAUCCUGGAAGAGGGUCUGUGCCACUCAUGGGAUGGAAGAGGAGAGUGACCCAGUGUGCCCUCCAGUGCUUAGGUCGUGUUAUGUUCUUCUUGAUGGGCUUCAAAGUUGAAGUGAAGGGGAAAAUAGCAGGUCCCUUGGAAGCCCCAAUCCUUGUUGCAGCUCCUCACUCAAGCUUCUUUGAUGGAAUUGUUUGUAUCAUAGCUGGAUUGCCAUCAAUCGUAUCCAGGUUAGAGAACCUGUCGGCCCCAGUAUUUGGCACAAUUCUCAGAUCCCUCCAGCCUGUACUGGUAUCACGUCUAGACCCAGAUUCUCGAAGGAAUACAAUCAAUGAGAUAACUAAACGAGCAACAUCAGGAGGCCAGUGGCCACAGGUACUGAUUUUCCCAGAAGGCACCUGUACAAAUCGAUCUUGUCUGAUCACCUUUAAACAAGGAGCCUUUAUUCCCGGAGUUCCCGUGCAACCAGUGCUGCUCCGAUAUCCAAACAAACUGGAUACUGUGACCUGGACAUGGCAAGGCUAUUCAUUCAAAGAACUUUGUGUGAUGACUUUUUGCCAGCUGUUAACGAGGGUAGAAGUUGAGUUUCUACCUGUCCAUGUUCCUACUGAGGAAGAGAAAAAGGAUCCUACUCUUUUUGCCACCAGAGUCCGUAAUAUCAUGGCAAUGGCUUUGAAUGUGCCAGUUACAGACCAUACUUUUGAAGACUGCAGACUUAUGAUUUCAGCAGGACAGCUGACCUUGCCCAUGGAAGCAGGACUGGUGGAGUUUACCAAAAUCAGCAAGAAACUGAAUCUAAAAUGGGAUCCUAUCCGAGAUCAGCUGGAUACAUUUGCUGCUAUUGCAAAUGCCUCCAAAGGGGGAAGAAUUGGAAUGGAGGAGUUUGCCGAGUACUUGAAGCUGCCUGUCUCAGAUGUUCUCAAAGAGCUGUUCCUGCUCUUCGAUAGGAAUGGAGAUGGCACCAUAGACUUCCGAGAAUACGUGAUUGGUUUAUCUGUUCUUUGUAACCCUGCCAACACAGAAGAGACCAUUCAGAUGGCAUUUAAGCUCUUUGACGUUGAUGAUGACGGCAGCAUAACAGAAGAAGAGUUUGCUUGUAUUCUCCGGUCAUCUCUUGGCGUACCUGACCUUGAUGUUUCUCAACUCUUUAAGGAAAUGGACACAGAUAAUUCUGGGAAGAUAACCUAUAAUGAGUUUAAGGACUUUGCAUUCAAGCAUCCAGAAUAUGCCAAGUUAUUUACUACAUACCUAGAGCUACAGAGGUGCGAGCUACAGACAUUAGAUGAAGAAGAUUAUCAGACAUCAGAAGACACAUACUCACAGAGUAAGACAUCAGUUUCAGAAAAGACUCCAAUCGCAAGAAAUAAAGUCGGUCCUGAAAGCAAUGAUGAAGACAUCUCAAGUACUUCAGACAAAAAGGAUGACUAACAGGACUUAGAAAUGCCACCUGAGACUGAAAAGCCACUGGACUGGCAUUGUAUCAACACACAGUGAAAGAUUCUCCCUCCUCUGAAGAGUUUACAAACAAGGCAAAGAGAGAGAAGAGAAACAGAGUCACAGAGUGACUAAGUAUUUGCCUGAGGUCACACUGCAGGUUAUUGGAAGAGCUGGGAUUAAAAGCCAGAUCUCUUGAGUCCUGGUUCAGUAUUCUACCCACUAGACCAUGCUGUCUCUCUCAAACUCGAAGAAAUAAUCGAACUCUGACCCCUCUAAACGUGGGGUAAGUUCAGCAUGAGAUCAAAACCACAAUGCGCAAGGAGAGAGCAGAUCAAAUAGAUUAGAUUGUUUAUGCCAAGAGGGUGCAUGGUUUUGCCUUAUACGCUACUUUGAGCAUCAGUGUUUCUCUUUUUAAAUGCCUGCCCUUCUCACCUGCAACGGUCUCUGCUUUGCUUGCCACCUUGAGGCAUUUCCAGUUCAUCAGAGACUGAUCCUGUCCACUGUGACUGUACUAUCUGAGAUAUUGCGCCCCAAAGUCUCUGCACAAUUCAUGUAGGCUCCGUGUUCUGGCAGGCAAGUGUCUAACGAAUGUAUCGCAUGCCCAUAGAGUCCAAUCUGAUUUUCAUUGAAGUCAGUGUUGGACUUUCUACGGGGAGAGCUGAACUGAAAUCAGUCUCAUGUUAGUUCAUUUCUCAACCUGUGGUGGGGUUUGUGAAUUCAAAUAAUUUCAUGUCAGUCAAACCCUUCUGACUUUUCUCUUCAGGUCUCCUCGCUAUUUUCCCCAUACAGAAUCCAUCUACCUUUCUUCAAAGACUCAGACUCUAAGUCAUUGUCUUCCAAGUUUGUUAAUAUUUUCCUGCCCAUAUCACAGAAAAACCUGCCAAGAGAAAUAUCUCAGCUGGAAAACAAAGAGGCAGAACUUGGCAUGCAUUCAUCCCAGUUUGGGUGGAUAAACAAACAGUAGAUCAAAUAUUGAUGAGGAGGGGGAAACAGUGUUUAUUCCUAGCGGGUUCAUUUCUUAUGCACACAUCUCUCCCACAGCAUGGCGACAAGCACGUCCUAUGGAAGUGUGUGCCACUGCACCUGGGAAAGGGCUAUUGCUGUAAACUGAACAACACAUUCUCUCUUAAAAGUGUGUCAGCCUCUUGGGGCAAUGCUAUGAGUUUGUAUAGUAUGGUUAAAAUAGAUUUAAGAAAUUAAGCCAGCUAAAACGCACUCUUUCAGAGUGGCAUGGUGUGAGCACAAACAUUACAGUGUCCUAUGUGAUAAGUGGGCCAUCUAUUUUGUAUCCUAUCUCCAAAAGUGGACAUUGUGCCAGUCGUUGAACAAACACGUAACAGAUAGAUAGCCCCUGCCCCACACAGUUUACAAUCCAAGUAUAAGACUAGUACAACCCAAGGAUAAGACAACAGAUGGAUGGUGGUUUCAGACAGCCAGACAGGGAACACAAGGAAACAACGUGUGAAAUAAGGAAGCAAUAGCUGAGAUGCUUUUACUAUGCUGAUGACGUACCUCAUUGGAUACAGACAGUGCUAUUGAAGGUCAUACCCAAAAGGACAGGUGAGAACAAGACAUGGAGGGGAGGGAUAGCUCAGUGGUUUGAGCAUUGGCUUGCUAAACCCAGGGUUGUGAGCUC